UAGCAAAAGAUUUCCCAAAUUGUUUAGUGGCGCCAAGCUAACUGUUGAGUGUCACAAUUCCUAUUUAGGAGUUGUAUAAAUCUGCUAGCUGUUUCGGUUGCUAUAUUGGUCCACAUUUACACGGUUAGUCAUCAUAAUCCACCGCCGCCCCCACCGAGAUCGGCAGCUCAAUUCUCCCCCUAAAUUUAUCAUUUUCGAUUUUUGUUGAUUCAAUUCGCAUUCUAGAAUCUUCAAUUUUAUUGAUUAUUUCGAUAUGAGGAAGAUCAACUCCAGAACUCAUCAUCCGCAUCAGCAGCAGCAGCAUGAGAAAAAUUGGGCUGAAAUAUUGUGUUUCGCUUGCGCGUGCCUACAGCUAUCGUGGAAGCGUCUCGUGGUGCGGAAGUGGCUCAACAUCGCCACCAGCAACUCUGAUUACUCUGCGGAUACUGAUACCGACUCCGAUUCGGAAUCAGAAAUUACUGAUUAUGUGGGAGAAUCGCGGUUCAAAAAUGAAAAACUGAUCGGACUUCAGGUUGAUGCUGCUGAUGCUCUUGACGCUCUUCCCAGGUUAAGAAGACGAAAAUCAGAGACAUUUCGAGCUCAGUAUAUAGACACAAAGGAAAUCAGAGUAUGUGCUGCCACAUGGAAUGUUGGGGGCAGAAUUCCACCUGAUGACAUAGACCUCGAUGAUUGGUUAGAUAUUGAUAAUCCUGCCGAUGUUUAUGUAAUUGGCCUUCAGGAGAUUAUCCCCUUAAAUGCUGGAAAUAUAUUUGGAGCUGAAGACAACCGCCCAGUUUCAAAAUGGGAAAAUUUAAUCCGUGAAACUCUGAAUCAAGUUCCGCCAGCGACUAAGUUUAAGAGCUACAGUGAUCCACCUUCACCAUCAAAGUAUAAGCCAUCUGAGGAUGCCCCCGACAUUGAAGAGGAAAUUUUGCUUGAAUCUGACAGUGAUGUUGAGGAGGAAAUCCACCCACUGAAUGAAGACCCUAAUGUUUUUGAGGAAAUUGAGGAUAGAAGGGUUAUAGGAGAUGAUUUUGUCUGUGCUGAUCCAUCUGUCUCUAAUGGCCAUAACAACUCGAGGAAUUCCGUUAACAGAGAUUUACAGCGGCAGUUAUCCUCUCCAAAGAUGCUGGACAGAUUGUAUUUCUCCAGAACAGGAGAUUCUGAAGAAAGUGCAGACGUAACAGAUACCAACUAUAAUAAAAAAUUAACGAGAACAAUCAGUGGGACAGAAAGGAUAGGCUUAAGCUGGCCAGAGCCACCACUUAAUCUCUUAGGUCAGCAUGUUUUUGACAGACACAACUCCUUCAAAUCCUCCAAGUCUUUCAAGACAUCCAAGUCUUUCAGAACAUAUAGUUCUUUCAAAUCAACCGCAUUCAAUGAUAACAGAAUACGAGCGGAGUUAGCUUCACUAGCAGAACUUGACCUUGAAUCUCUAAUUAACCGGAAGAGAAGGCCAUCAUAUGUUAGAAUUAUAAGCAAGCAAAUGGUUGGCAUCUUUGUUACCAUAUGGGUUCGCAGGAGCUUGCGGAAGCAUAUACAAAACUUGAAAGUAUCUACCGUUGGUGUUGGUAUUAUGGGCUACAUCGGCAACAAGGGAUCGAUAUCAGUGAGCAUGUCUAUUCAUCAGACAUUCUUCUGUUUUAUAUGUACCCAUCUAACAUCUGGCGAAAAAGAGGGAGAUGCUAACAAAAGGAAUAAUGAUGUGCAUGAAAUUCAUCGACGGACACACUUUAAUUCACUUGCUGGUUUGGGGCAUCCCAAGAAAAUAUAUGACCAUGAGAGAAUAAUCUGGCUGGGUGACCUAAACUAUCGAAUCAAUUUGCCCUUUGAGCGGACUAGAGAACUUAUUUCCAAAAAGGACUGGUCCAAGUUAGUCGAGCGGGAUCAGCUAUCGAAGGAGUUCAGAAAAGGGCGUGCAUUUGACGGAUGGUCUGAAGGUACUUUGACCUUCGCUCCGACAUACAAAUAUGAAUUCAACUCAGAUUCUUACAGUGCCGAGGAGCCAAAGGCUGGCAGGCGAACUCCAGCCUGGUGUGAUCGUAUACUAUCAUACGGAACAGGAAUGAAGUUACUAAGUUAUAAGCGGUCAGAAUGUAAGCUAUCAGACCAUCGCCCUGUGACAGCCUCUUACAUGGUCGAGGUCGAAGUAUUUUCACCUCGAAAGUUGCAGCGAGCGCUCACCUAUACUGAUGCAGAAAUUGAACAAAAUGAGAUCGUGACAGAAAUGGGACUUGGUGCUGAUUUAAACCAGUUUCUCUUGGAAGAGGCAACAUAUCAUCACCAGAAAAUGAUAGGUCUCGACUUGGUAAUAUGACUAUGAAUGAAGUUACAUAGUCGUGAUGUGUUCGUGUACAGGAUAAGACAUACUGGGAGCGGUGAAGGGCCUCAACCUCCUGAAGAAACGCGUAAUAGAGGUCCCAUUGACUCGUGCGAGAAAGUUUCGAACGAGUCACUGGUAACAAACACAUCCAUUCUUUUGAUUCUUUGCCAGAUAUGUUGGGAGUUUUCUAGUGUGGUGUUUGGUGUGUAUAUGUAUUUUUUUUAUGUGCAGUUGUUUUUUCAGUGAGAUGAGGAGUAGAGAGAGAUAGGAUAGAUGUAGGCAGAAAUGGUUAAUAGAGCCAAUGCCUCAUUCUUCAUGUUUGGGAUUACAAUUCAUUUACUGGAAUUGAUUGUAGUUUUUAAGCA